CACUGGUGCUCUCCGUGGAUGGGGCCAGAGGAAUUGAAAGUUACAUCCUGAUUGCCAGGGCAAUUCAACAUGGAAUGUCUCUACUGUGUCCUAGGAUUUCUGUUUCUGGCUUCUAGACUGCCACUUGAUGCAGCCAAACGAUUUCAUGAUGUGCUGGGCAAUGAAAGGUAUCCUGGUUAUAUGAGGAAACACAACCAAUUAAAUGGCUGGUCUUCCGAUGAAAAUGACUGGAACGAAAAGCUCUAUCCCGUGUGGAAGAGGGGAGAUGCAAGGUGGAAAAAUUCCUGGAAAGGAGGCCGUGUGCAGGCGGUCCUGACCAGUGACUCACCGGCGCUGGUGGGCUCAAACAUAACCUUUGCAGUGAACCUGGUAUUCCCCAGAUGCCAAAAGGAAGAUGCCAACGGCAACAUAGUCUACGAGAAGAACUGCAGAAAUGAUUCUGGCUUGUCUCUUGACCCGUAUGUUUACAACUGGACAUCCUGGUCAGAGGACAGUGACUGGGGAAGUGGCCCCGGCCAAAGCCAGCACAAUGUGUUCCCUGACGGGAAGCCUUUCCCUCACCACCACGGAUGGAAGAAAUGGAAUUUUGUCUACAUCUUUCACACAGAAGGUCAGUAUUUCCCGAAGUUGGGACGAUGCUCCGUGACAGUUUCUAUAAACACAACCAACAUGACGCUUGGCACCCAUAUCAUGGAAGUGACUGUCUAUAGAAGACACGGCUGGUCGUACAUGCCCAUUGCACAGGUUAAAGAUGUGUACGUGGUAACAGAUGAGAUUCCUGUAUUUGUGACCAUGUCCCAGAAGAAUGAUCGAAAUUCAUCGGAUGAAACCUUCCUCAGAGACCUCCCCAUCAAGUUUGAUGUCCUGAUUCACGAUCCCAGCCACUUCCUCAAUGAGUCUGCCAUUGACUACAAGUGGAACUUUGGGGAUAACACUGGCUUAUUUGUUUCCAACAAUCACACUUUGAAUCACACGUAUGUGCUCAAUGGAACCUUCAACCUGAACCUCACAGUGCAGGCCGCCGUGCCUGGACCUUGCCCUCCACCUUCACCCAGACCUCCAAAACCAACCUCCUUUUUAGUGCCUGCUGGUGACAACUCCCUGGAGAUGAGCGAGACUCCCAAUGGAAACUGCCAGAUUAACAGAUACGGCCACUUUAGAGCYACCCUCACCAUUGUAGAGGGAAUCCUAGAGGUUAACAUCAUCCAAAUAGCAGAUGCCCCGAUGCCCAGACCAAAACCUGACAACCCCCUGAUGGACUUUGUUGUGACCUGCAAAGGAACCAUCCCCACCGAGGUCUGUACUGUCAUUUCUGACCCCACCUGCCAAGUUGCCCAGAACAUAAUCUGUAGCCCUGUGGAUGCGGAGGAAACCUGYCUGUUGACUGUGAGAAGAGCCUUCAGUGGGUCCGGGACAUACUGCGUAAACUUCACYCUGGGUGAUGACACAAGUCUGGCCCUCACAAGCACCUUAAUCUCCAUCCCUGGCAAAGACCCAGCCUCCCCUUUAGGAACAGCGGGUGGUGUCCUGAUCUCUGUGGGCUGCCUGACCCUAUUUGUUGCUGUGGUCGCCAUCUUGGUGUACAAAAAACGUAAGGAAUACAAGCCAAUAGAAAAUCAUCUUGGGAACGUGGUCAAAGGCAGAAGCCUGCAUGGUUUCCUCCACCACACGAAGGCGGGCUUUUUCUGGGGAAACCAGGAAAAAGAUCCACUUCUCAAGAACCAACCAGGAACCCUUUAGAUCUUCAGCCUAAUUUCUGACUGAGAGCCCACCUCAGUGCCAUCUAUGUAAGCUGCAUGGGAGUGAAUGACUAUUAACUCUUUUUUCCUAAAGAUUAUUGUAAAAUAUAUAUAUCAUGAUUGGGGGGUGGGGUUUUUUAUAUCUUAAUGACACUUUAGAGAAGUGGUAAAAAAAAUUUAGCAGGGCUUCCUUUCAUUAUUUGCUAGGAUUUACAUAGAAUGUCUUAGGUUAUUUGUAGAGUAGACUGUUCAUUAAAAUCUGACCCAGGUUAACUAGAAGGGGAGGCUGGGUACUUUCUCCAUUUAGCUAUGUGCAUAAAACCAAAGUAUUCCUAGUCUGAAGAUUAUGUUCCAAGCUAAUUGAAUUCUAUUUUGUUGAAUAUGCAUGAGAUCCUGACAGAAAAAUAAGGUCCAAGACUUUCAUAUGAUGUACAUGCUUGUCAUACUCAGAAAAAUAAUAAUAAUCUAAUAAAUAGGUGUGAGUAUUGUAUUUUGAUGACAACCUGCCUGCCCAGCUGAAGGAAGGAAUAUUAUUCAUUCAUUUAUCCCACAGACAUACAUUUAGUGCUUUCUAUAUACCAGAUAUGGUGCUAGGCACAUGACCCUGUACCUAGAGAAAUUUUAUAUAUAUAUAUACACAUAUGCACAUGUAUGUACAUUUCUGUGCACAUAUUUGGAAUCAUGUUAUGAUUUUCAAAGGAGACUUCUAGUUUUCCUACCAGUUUCUCUGUUUAAAUGAUAUGGAAACUUGAUCAAUGAGGAUUUAAUCUCCAUUUAUAUCUGAAAUUAUCUGUCAUAUGUUAGACAUAACAUUAAUUUUAUCUUUCUUGAAAAAUAAAUUGUGGGAAGAGACAAGGCCUUGGUAUUGUAAUUGCCUUUCAAUUUCAUUUAUAGUUUUUGACAGCUAAAAAGCUCUCUAUCAUCACCCCCAAAGCAUUACUAACUGAA